GCCCUGCAAGUCUCUCCCACCAAGUCUAGUGUGUUCACCUUUCUGAGAAGCUAGAACCGCUACAGCACAUCAAAUCUAAAAGAGAGAAUUCCAUAGUUUGAUACGGACGGACCGGAUCCGUCGACGGCGAUCUGUAUUUCCGAUUCCCCAUCUCCGAUUCCACGGCGGUUCUCUAGGAAGUCUGCAUUUUUUUAAAAUCGAAACCCUAGGCGAGGAAGCCAUUUUUGGGACUUAAAGCUCACAUUUCCGGUGGAAGGAAAGGAAAAUGGGAAGCAGAUUGGGAAGACGAGUCGUGCACUUCGCUAACCUACCCAUCAAACUUCUCAUGCCCUCUUCGUUCUCCAAUAUUACCGAAAUUGCCCUCAAAACCAUCCCUUCUGCUUCGAAGAUUGAGAUAAAGAGGGUCUUGGAGUCUGUCUACGGAUUCGAGGUGGAGAAGGUCCAAACCCUAAACAUGGAUGGAAAGAAGAAGAAGCGAGGCGGGCUAUUGAUCGCCAAGCCGGACUACAAGAAGGCAUAUGUCACCCUGAAGAAUCCUUUGUCCAUAUCGCCCGAUCUUUAUCCGAUCAGCCUGAUUGAACAGUACAAGCAGGAGGCGAGAGCAAAGUUGAAGUCCAGCAUCGUUGAGGAUGGUGAACCAAAGAAAAUGCAUUGGCUUGAAGAGAAGAAAGAGAGAGGGAAAUCAAGACCAGAGAUGAGGUUUGAUCGGGGCCGCGGUGGAGAUCGGACCAGGAAUGUUCGUCGCGGUGGUUCUGAGGCGGCUGAGGCAGUCAAGUUUCCCUGGAGCAGUAUGAAGUCUUUUGCUUCCAGGUAGGGUUUUUAAAAUUUGAAGUAAAAGCGACAAGAGUUGAACUUCUAUCUCAUUCUUAGAACUGUUUGCAAUGCUAAUAACUGAAGAGUUGGUUUCAUUUGCAACCCUUUUGUCUUAUGGAGACUGGAGAGAAGCUAUGUUUGUAGUUGUUUUUCAAUGGGAUGAUGACUUUUUGUCUCAUGUUACUUUAGAUCAAUGCAUUAAUUCUUCCUUUUUAAACUGAUAUGUGAUCACAAAACAAUAUAGAUAUUCACCUAAA